UUAAUUCCGCUGCCGCACGCCGUCCAUUCUACGUCACUUCCUGUGAAUCUUUGAUAAAGGAGAGCCUGGCGGGACUUCCGUGGCUCAAUUUUUUUUUGGUUUUGUUUGGUGAAUCCGACGGUGAUCGGAACCAUCGGAACGGAGACAUGACGGUGGGUAAGAGUAGUAAGAUGCUGCAGCACAUUGACUUCAGGAUGAGGUGCAUCCUGCAGGACGGGCGGAUUUUCAUUGGCACCUUCAAAGCCUUUGACAAACACAUGAACCUGAUCCUCUGCGACUGCGACGAGUUCAGGAAAAUCAAGCCAAAGAACUCAAAGCAGCCGGAGCGUGAGGAGAAGAGGGUUCUGGGUCUGGUUCUGCUCAGGGGGGAGAACCUGGUCUCUAUGACAGUGGAGGGUCCCCCCCCUAAAGAUACCGGUAUAGCCCGGGUCCCGUUGGCGGGUGUGGCCGGAGGUCCAGGUGUAGGUCGGGCUGCGGGUCGUGGGGUUCCAGCAGGAGCACAGAUGCCUCAGGCUCCUGCUGGACUUGCUGGACCUGUCAGAGGAGUGGGUGGCCCUUCACAGCAGGUGAUGACCCCGCAGGGCAGAGGGACAGUUGCUGCAGCAGCAGCAGGUGCAAGCAUCGCCGGAGCCCCUACACAGUAUCCACCUGGCCGAGGAGCCCCACCCCCUAUGGGUAGAGGAGCCCCGCCUCCAGGUAUGAUGGGUCCACCCCCUGGCAUGCGGCCUCCAAUGGGUCCUCCGAUGGGGAUGCCUCCUGGUCCGGGUCGAGGAGCGCCUAUGGGGAUCCCCCCUCCAGGCAUGAGGCCUCCACCCCCUGGCAUGAGAGGGCCACCCCCUCCAGGGAUGAGACCGCCCCCCCGGCCUUGAAGUAGCUCUGCCUCCUCACAUUUGCCUGUUGUACAGUUUUUUUUUUUUUUU